AUGAUAUCGUCGUCAUCGAACGCGGUAGCGGUGCUGGAGCUGCAGCAGUCCAGCUUCGGCACGGUCGCGCCAACUAUGGCAUGGUCGUUGGCUAGGACGACGAGCGUGGGCCGCCGUGCACGCUAUCUCUCCACGGCGCACGUCCCUACGACGGGGAAGCGGGAGCAGAAGGGCCUUUUCGACACCAUCUUCGGCGCGUUGUACAGGGAGGAGCAGAUGCUGGAGACAAACCCCAUCCUGAAUAAGGUGGGGAGCAAGAGCAAGCCCCCCGUUGUCAUCGCUGCUUCGGCGCCCAAGAAAGUCGCCGAAGAGAGCGGUAGUGGCGGGCUCAGCCUGGGCGGGUUCUUCUCCAGGCCCAAGAAAGGGUGAACGUUAUGUAGCUCCGAGUGAGAAUUUUUUUUGUGCUAUUCCUGCUUUCUUGCUUUGCUUGUAAUCCUCAGAUAGCGCUGGUUGAGAAGAGCCACAUCACAAUGAGAGCAGAGCACCAGCGUAACUAAUUAAUUCCUUACUUUCAGUUGAUCUUGCCCUGUGU